UUUGACAACUUUGGACACUUGACUCAAGUGUCCAAAGUUGUCAAAUAUACACCCAAGUCAUUGUAUACACCAGUUAGUCUAGUUUAUUGGUCUCUGAUUAGACCAUAUCUUCUAGUUGUAAAACUACAUAUAAAAAUGGAAAAUAGCAAUAAAAUAGUUCCACCGCAUUUAAAUGCUGAAGUAUAUAGGACCGACACGACUGGCACAAGCACUAUGUUUUAUUUGGAUUAUUUACGAAUACAUGAAGAUGGCAGUACCUUAAUAGGAUGUUCAGAAUUAACAGGCCGCUACUGGAAUGGGGCGGCUGAUGUUUUCAAAAGUGUCAAUGAGGCAGGGCAAAGACAGAAAUCAGAGAAGCGGGCUAUAAAUUUACAAAGUGGAACAUCAGAUGGUUGUUUUGUUAAUAGUUCGAAAAAGAUAUUAUUGUGUGAAGAUAGUGGUGCAGUAAGUAUAUGGUGCACCUCAGAUGAAGACCAACAUAAUGCAUGGCACCAGUGGACGGAGGAGGUAUCGGCUGCUGAACACGAUAAUGCAGCACUUGCAGUGGAUUGUCUAAGUCCAGACGCAGAGUAUGUGACUGUGGGAGCUGACGGACAUGGCAAGGUAUGGGACAUAGAAAGAAUGAUAUGCAUAAGGAACUACAGUGCAGCACACAGUAAGCCAAUAUAUGGAGUGUCAGUGAGACCAAAUUCAAACACGGACUUUGCAACAUGUUCCAUGGAUCAAUAUGUUUCUCUAUGGGAUCAAAAUGUAGACAAACCAGUCCUGGAUCUAUAUCAAAAUAACUGUGGUGUGCGGUGCUUACAAUGGAUAGAUGUAAAUAAGAUCAUUUUUGGAGAUGAAGCUGGAAUUCUAAGUAUAGUUGAUGUCAGGAGUCUUGAAACCACCUUGAAUAUAACAGAAUUUCCUGCUGCUAUACAUAAAAUUGCCAUACACCCUGAAUGCAACAAAGUGGCAGUGUGUUGUGACAAUAAAACUGUGACUGUAUGUGAUAUAAGUGAGGACACCAAAGUGAAAACAACUUACCAAAAGAGCCAAGCGCAUAAUAACUUCGUCAGAGGAGUGGCAUGGGAUGUAAAAGAUGACAAAAUACUACACUCUUUGGGAUGGGACGGGGAAAUUAAAUCACACACUGUAAUGUGUUAAUAAUUUCAUUAGUUUUUUAUAAUAUAUUAUGCGCUCCAACCACCUAA